UGCACAGCAGCGCUGAUAUGUGUCGAAUGAACAUCGGCUAACUACUUCUUUCGGCUGUGAUUGACAAAACCCUGCUAACACUUUGUUCAUCCAGCCCUCAGGGACCAUUAUUUGAACCUGAAACCGUCGGGUUGAUUGAUACAAAUUUAAUCCAGACCGGGACUUCGCAGACGUUACGUCGGGACAAUGGAAUCUCACGUUAUCCCGGACAGUAUCCGCCCUCAGAGGCUACAGCCAGGCAUUGGAUUCGGUUCAGGUCCGACCGGGACCCUCCGCUCCUCUCUCCGGCCCGGGGUUACAGUCCCCAUCGCGCCGCUGUUGCCCUCCCCGGCCUCUCUGGCGGCUUCGUCCGGGCCUCUUCCGCCGCCGCCUCCGCUGCAGUUCCACAGCCUGUACGGCGGUCUCGGAGCCGGGCCGUGGCCGGGGGCUGCCGGGCACUGUAACCCGGGGAACCCGGCGGUGCUGAAGGAGGCGGUGGAGGCUGUGGUCCGCAGCUUCGCCAAACACACGCAAGGUUACGGCAGAGUAAACGUGGUGGAAGCUUUACAGGAGUUUUGGCAGAUGAAGCUGACCAGAGGGGCCGACCUGCGGAAUGGAGCUCUAGUUGUUUAUGAAAUGGUCCCAUCCAGCAACCCUCCUUACGUCUGCUAUGUCAGUCUUCCCGGAGGCAGCUGCUUCGGAAGUUUCCAGUUCUGUCCCACCAAGGCAGAGGCAAGACGCAGCGCUGCCAAGAUUGCCCUGAUGAACUCUGUUUUUAAUGAACAUCCCUCUCGACGCAUCACAGACGACUUCAUUGAGAAGAGCGUCAGUGAGGCGCUGGCGUCCUUCAAUGGAAACAGAGAAGAGGCUGACAACCCUAACACGGGAAUUGGGGCAUUUCGCUUCAUGCUUGAAUCCAACAAAGGAAAAUCCAUGCUGGAGUUCCAGGAGCUGAUGACUGUGUUCCAGCUGCUGCACUGGAAUGGGAGUCUGAAAGCCAUGAGAGAACGACAGUGUUCCCGACAGGAAGUGCUGGCUCACUAUUCCCACCGGGCUCUGGAUGAUGACAUGCGUACUCAGAUGGCCGCCGACUGGGUGAACCGAGAACAGAGUGUGGCGAGCACUAUUGCGCAGGAGGUGGCGUCGACGGAGCGAGAACUGGAGGACGCCAGGCUGGCGGGCAGAGAACUGCGUUUUUACAAAGAGAAGAAGGACAUCCUGAUGAUAGCCGUUGGCCAACUUAAUGCAGCAAACACUGCCACGCUGCCCUCACACUAAACCUGCCUCCAUUGAGGAAGCAUGCCUUCACACUCCGUAGGAUUCCUGGUAACAGUAUUGAUCACGUCAUAGAUGUUUAAGGUGCUUGGUUUGAACUUCUAGGUUUUGUAUCUUCUGUUUUUUUUAUUAUGGGGACCAGGUAAUCAGGCCUUGACUUACAGUAUGCACACCCGUCCAUAAAACCAACUUUGCCGCUAUAGCCGUUACCUCUUUGUGCCUAGUGAUUACAGGAUAGCAGUGCUUUUUUUUAUUACCUGUAAACUUGCUCGGCAUUCAGACUGAAUGGGGUAUACAUGUUUUUUCAUUAUUUCAUAAUAUAUUUAGUCGAAUUACACCUACAGAAACACAGCCUGCCUUUCAUUAGUGAAUGUACGGGACAUAAAUUAAUAUGACCCAAGGUAUGGAUUAUUCUGAAGUUUUCAUGUUUUGGGUGUGUUUACUUACAUGUAGUAUUUUAGACUCUGGCAAGUGAAGGUGGUAAAAUGUAUUGGUCUUAAAACCUUGAUGGCACAUACCCUGUGUUCAUUAAUAAUCUGAAUAUUUUUUAAAUAUCACAAGAAAUACUGCAAGGAGAUAAAAGAUCCCACCUAUGGCGACGAUAUUGGCAUGUCAACGGUAUCCGCACAUACACGCUUUAAAGUGAACAUUUCCUCCGGUAGGACAGGCCGAUAUGCGCCAUAAAAAUAAAUAUGCCAUAUUUUACAUGUAACCUAAAUUGAAGGGGUUUUCUUAUUUUGCCCAAUGAAUGUACACAUUUAGAAAAGCAUUGUAUUUUAUGUCCAGUCGGGCAUCAGGAUGACAGUCGGCAUAAUAAUGUGUUAAUUCCACUACAGGAAGGAGAGACUUGAUGUUCUCUGCAACUUGGUGGAAACAAUGUGUGCGUAUAUUAGUAUCGACAUCGGCAAUCGGCCAAAAUGAGUUAGAAAAUAUCGGCAUAUCUGCUAAAAAUCCAAUAUCGUGCAUCCCUAAACCCUUACAUAAAGGGCACGCAAAUGAAUUCUGCCUGUUGUAAUGGAACUAUGGUGUUAAUAUGAGGAAAUCGCUUCCUUAAAUAAUACCAGAAUUCAAGUAAGCAUUGAAGCAUACUUAUUGACUCGUGCAGUAAUUCGUCGGUACUUUGCUAAAAUGUCAGCAGGUGAAUAUUUGCUCUGACAGCAGCUCAGGUUUAAAAAUCCGAUAUUGAACCGUCAUUAUGUUUUCUUUCUUCUUUUUGUUUGUGGGCUUUUGACUAGUACUAGUAGUGUUCAUUGUAUGCUAAGUGACCAGGACACUAGCCGAGUGUAUAUUUUCAGUGUGCUAUCAACUAAAGGAUCUGCAAAGCGAUGCGGUUUAACAUUUACACGAUUGAAUUACUCUUGGAAUGCAGGUCAUGUGCUUCAUUUAGAUGAGUUCAAAAGAGUUCAGUAGACUAAGAUUUAGGACGGGAUCUCCGCAGAAACAAAGCGGUUAUUGGAGGUGAAAUAUGAAGGCCAAAAAAAUGAAGUUGAGGGAUCUUUUGUUUUUUAACAAGCUGAUUCAUCAUGUGUGAGUCAUUGUAGUCGAUACAAAACAGUACCAGCACUUGUGGUUUAUGUUUUUUUGACAUACUGGAAGCUGAUUGUGACCAGUGCUAGUGUAUGUCCAUGGGCUAAAAACUAUGUAUGUAACUCGCACUUAUAAGCUUUCAAGUGUUUUCAUGUUGAAGGACCUGAUUUCGUUUAUACUGUAAAUGUGAUAUCUUUAUAUUUCUCUAUGUAUCUAAAAUGUAUUGAAUACAUUAUACGGAUGAAGGCAUUUUGGUGAGUAGCCUUUUAAAGACCCCAUGUAAUGGAAGGGAGAGUUUAUUUGAUAAUGUGUUGCUCUCUUGGAUGUAGUGUUAGAAGUGAGUUAUGCAAGUUAAACAGCAGGAGGGCUCAUUCUCACCACUGAAUGCAGGAUUAUCAACAGCAGAAACGGAUUACACUAAAUGUGGGGAGAUAGCAAAUAGAAAACAAAGAAGCGGAGAUGGAGUAUAAUUAAAGCCAGAUUCAAUUUUAUUAUUUACUGCUGUGUGUCUUUUCCCUAGGAUCAUUGUGCCUUUAUUAAAUUGGUCACAUGCAACAGUGAAAAUAAAUUUAAAGUUUAAUUUCCUCUAAUGAGGUCUUUAAAGGACGUUCUACUCUGCUUUACAUUGUUUUUUGUUAUUUCAUGUAAAGGUAAAUUUAUAAAUUAUAUGCUAUAUUACUGUUACAGGAUCUUAAAGAAAUAGUUUCACUUUCUGGCAUAGAGUUAGACCAAUCGAUACCACUCUCAUCUGUCCAUUGAAUAUAAGGCUACAGCCAGCAGCCUGUUAGCUUAGUUUAGCAUAAAGGCAGGAAAUGGAAAGUUACCACCAGAAGACGAAUAGGCAAAUUUCGCAAAAUGUUGAACUGUUUCUUAAAUAUGUUACAUGACAUUAGAUUAUGAAGGAUUUAUUAAAUCUACCUUUGGUAUACAUUUAUAAUUAUUAUAUAUGGUUUGUUUGGUACUCGGCUUGCAAAAUAUGUGUGCUGCACAAGCAGGAAAAUGUUUUGUCCCUGCAGCUCUCUUCAGUAAAUACUGAAACGUUUUUAAAAGACAUUUGAACUGAUACAGUGAACUCUUUGACCUCACAAUACUACAGCUCGAACCCUGUUAAUUUCACAUGUUCCUUUUCACUUUUGUUCAAUCCUAGAAACUCCUCUGCAGAUACAUUUUAUGAAUCCAUCAGUAAUUGUAUUGUCCCAUUAACCAAUUUGCUGAUAUUUGCAAAGCUCAAAUAUUUAAAUGAUCUGGUUUCAGGAAUGAGGCUCAAGAUCUAGGAUUGUGUGUGUUUUUGUUGCAUUUUUCUUCUAAUUUAGAUGCUUGUUAUGUGUGGUUUUUUUUUUGUUUGUUUUUUUAUACCACAAGCCAUUUAUAUUCGAGUUUUCUUCUUACAAAUGCCUUUUACCUUUCUUUGUGCUCAUUAUGAAUGAAGGCUUUUUUUAAACAAUAUAUUUUUUUUGGUAUCCAUUUUAUACAAAAAAAACAUUGGGCUUUUUAUCUGUUGGCUGUGGCUUUUAUGCAUGAUGUGUUGAUUAUGUUUUGUUUUUAUAUGUUGCAUAUUCCAUACAGUAUUGUUUUAUGAAAGUGUUUCUGAAGGAGCUUAUUGUAUGUAUUUUCUAUGAACAUUUUGUAUUACAUGUUUAUACUUUUAGUAGAUUUAUAUGAUGUAAUAAAAUGGCUCAUACAAAUGUUUA